GCGGCGGAGGGGGGAGGCACGCGCGGCUGGAGCGAGAGAAAAGAGAGAAAGAGGGGGGACAGAGAGAGUCCAGGCCCAAAUAAAGCCAUGGGGGCCAGGACUGGGCUGGGUCCCGCUUUGCUAUAAAAACGCUGGCCUCCUUGAGACUCGGGUUUGGUGGUUGGGGCUUGGGACCAGCGACCACCACAGCUGGUGGCGUUUUCCUCGGGGGAGCUACCUCUGCAUACUCACCAUCAUCGUCCUGGUCAUCAUUUCUGGGGGCAUUUAAGAUGCCUCGAGUGGACGCAGACCUCAAGCUGGAUUUUAAGGAUGUCCUUUUCAGACCCAAGAGGAGCAGCCUGAAGAGCCGCUCAGAGGUGGAUCUUCAGAGGACCUUUACAUUCCGCAACUCUAAGCAGACCUACACAGGUAUCCCCAUCAUUGCAGCCAACAUGGACACCACAGGAACAUUUGAGAUGGCACAAGUUCUCAGUAAACACACCCUCUUCACAGCCAUUCAUAAACACUACUCUGUAGAAGACUGGAAAAACUUUGCUGCUAGUCACCCAGAGUGCUUAGAGCAUGUAGCUGCUAGCUCAGGGAGCGGCAGUGCAGAUCUGGAGAAGCUGUGUGCCAUCCUGGAAGCCGUCCCUGCCCUCAAGUACAUUUGCCUGGAUGUGGCCAAUGGCUACUCUGAGUACUUUGUGGAGUUUGUCAAGAAAGUCAGAGAAAAGUUCCCCAAACACACCAUCAUGGCUGGCAACGUGGUAACGGGAGAGAUGGUGGAGGAACUCAUCCUGUCUGGGGCUGACAUCAUCAAAGUGGGCAUCGGGCCAGGUUCUGUGUGCACAACAAGGAUCAAGACAGGAGUGGGUUACCCACAGCUCAGUGCUGUUAUAGAGUGUGCAGACUCAGCUCAUGGACUCAAAGGUCACAUUAUCUCUGAUGGUGGCUGCAGUUGCCCUGGAGAUGUAGCUAAGGCCUUUGGUGCCGGUGCUGACUUUGUAAUGAUGGGAGGAAUGCUCGCAGGCCACGACCAGUGCUCCGGGGAGGUCAUUGAGAAAAAUGGCAAGAAGUACAAACUAUUUUACGGCAUGAGCUCCGACACAGCCAUGAAGAAAUACACUGGGGGAGUUGCUGAGUAUAGGGCAUCAGAGGGGAGGACGGUCGAGGUUCCCUACAAAGGAGAUGUGGAAAAUACCAUCCGGGAUGUGCUGGGGGGACUGCGCUCCACCUGCACCUAUGUGGGUGCCGCCAAACUCAAAGAGCUGAGCCGCAGAACCACCUUUAUCCGUGUCACACAGCAGUCUAGCUAUAUGUUCACUUAAGGGGGUGGUACUACUUUCUCCCAGUAGCAGCAGGACCACAUACAGACCUACACCUCACUUCACUACGCACCUGUUUCUCUCAGGAUAUCUGCUGUCCGAAAGCUUUCAACUCCUUCAGGCUGCAAUUAAACCAACUCAAAAAUUUGACGUGAAUUACCCAGAUGGAUAACAACACUCUACUCUCUUUAAUCUCACAGUGAGUGUGUUUCUAUGCUUGCAGAAACCAAUAAAGUACUGUUGUAAUUUA